GCAGCGCGGGGAAUGCCAUUGGCUGAAAGCGGUGAAGCCGGGGGGUUGGUGGCAGUUCGAACCCCGGCUGAGCAGUUGGCUGUUUCCUCAACCUUUUCUGUGUUUUGUGCACAUCUGCGUCUUACAAACUUGAUAUGUAGAUCGGAAAAAUGCACAGAAAUGCUCGAUAAAGGGGAAAUGCGGAGAAUUCUCGCAACUGCCAUUGGGAAGGAGGUUACUUUUGGCAUAUCACAGAUCUUCACUGGGAUCCCGAUUAUAAACUGACAGAUAACCCAAAUGCUGUUUGUCCUUCAUCCUCUAAACCUGUACCAAACCCAGGGGUGUGGGGCAGCUACCUCUGUGAUUCCAACUGGGACCUUAUCAACCUAUCCAUUUACACCAUGAGAGACCUUCACCCUCAGCCAGACUUCAUUCUUUGGACAGGUGAUGACACUCCACAUAUUGCUGACAAGAACCUUGGUGAGGAUGCAGUACUGGGAAUAAUUGGCAAGUUAACCCACCUGAUACAAGAGGUGUUUCCAGAUACUAAAGUCUACCCUGCAAUGGGAAAUCAUGACUUUCAUCCAAAGAAUCAGUUUCCUGAUACCUAUCACAGGAUUUACAACAGAACUGCAGACCUUUGGGCACCUUGGAUGGACUCUCAGUCUAUCCUCAUGUUUAACAAAGGAGCUUUCUACACUGAAAAGCUGCUGAAUCGAAAUGACCAGCGUAUUAUUGUCCUAAACACAAACUUGUACUACACCAAAAAUAGGCUUAAUAUUGGCCUAAGUGACCCUGCUAAUCAGUUUCAAUGGCUUGAAGAAAUACUUUCGAAGGCAAUGACAGCAAAAGAAAAAGUUUACAUUAUUGGACAUGUACCUCCAGGCUUUUUUGAAAAGAGGAGAAAAGUAUUCUGGUUUCAUCAGCACUUCAAUGAAAGAUACAUUAAAAUUGUUCAAAAGUAUCACAAUGUAAUAGCUGGUCAGUUCUUUGGACAUCACCAUACUGACAGCUUCAGGAUGUUCUAUAGCCAUUCAGGUUCUCCCAUAGGAGUUAUGUUUAUUGCACCUGGCAUUUCCCCAUGGAAGACAACACUACCUGGUGUAGAGAAUGGAGCUAACAAUCCAGGAAUACGAUUAUUUCAGUAUGACACAAAUACAUUGGAAAUUCAGAGUAUGGUGACGUAUUACUUCAAUUUAAGCUAUGCCAACACAGUGACUCCACUAUGGCAACAAGAAUACAAUUUAACAGAGGCAUUUGAAGUUCCAGAUGGUACAGUUCAAUCUAUGCAAAUGGCUCUGGAUAAGCUGUACAAUGAUGACUACUACCUACAGAAAUAUUAUAAAUAUAAUUCUGUCAGUUAUGAUUUAAGUGAAUGUGAUAGGAAUUGUAGAAUUGAUCAGAUCUGUGCAAUUAAAGCAGUUGACUUUGUUAAAUACGAGGAGUGUGUACAAAGAGAGAGCUCUUCUCCCACUCAUACUGCAACAUUGCCUAUCAUUUCAUUUCUGCUUCUUUCUUUGCUGCCUCUUCAGUUCUAAUAUUCACCAGGUCUAAAUAAAUAUACCAAGGUAUGAGGAUCAUUGUUUAACUUUAAAGUGAUAAUAGUUGUAUUUCAAAAUUCAUAUGUAUUUGAUUCCAUUUGAUUCUUCAUCAAAGCCAAAACGGAAAAAUCCUUUGAGGGUUCAUUGUUUCUGUAUAAUUGUGGAACUGACAAUAGAGAAGGAAGAAAAAUUGCAAGUAAACAGCUAUUGUUACAGUCAAUCAGUGUGGAAGAUGAUCUUUCUGACUACUCUUCUGAAGACAACUAACAUCAUGGCAUUACUGAAAUUUUCAAAAUGCUAUUAAGGAUCAUAUUUCAGAGCAUUCUUUGCAUGGUUGGAUGUAAAGAACUUGAUAAUGAUUCAAUCAUGUCUGUCGCCAUUAUACCUUGCCAACAUAUACGUGUGUACCAAGAAUGGGGGCAACCCAGCAUAUUUUUGCCCAAGAUGUCUGUUGAGAAGAGGAAGACUGUGGUAACGCAAGGGUAUGACCAGUGAGGCAAGGAGGGACAAAACAGAUAUUACUGAAAGAAUUUUGUCAAAUUGCCAAACUUGGCCAACUUAUUCUCAUCAUUUGAGCUUAGUGUUCAAACAUCAGCCUCUUAGAUGUGCUCAGGUUUUUAAUUAUGAGUGAGGUGCAGAGAGAUUAUUUUUAUUUGAUCAAAAUCCUUCUGAUUAUCCAGGAGUAAUUGUCAGGUGCUUACGUCACCAAUCAUUUUAUAGUCAAUGCUGUCUGGAUUCCCUUUAUUGUAUCUAUUUUUUAACUGAUGUGCAACAUGAUGAUAUGGAAACAAAGUUUAACAAAUAUUGUAUCA